AUGCCGACGACGAUGGCCCCCCAGAACACUGAUGCGGAUACUAUGCAAGUGCAGGAGGUCGUGGUGGUUCCUGCUAAGGCAGCCACUGGAGGCUCAGGAGGAGGAGAAGGAGAAGGUGGAGGGGGAGGAGGCAGGGCUAACGGGGUGGGCGGGGCCAGUGGCCGGGACCUGGAGAGUCAGGACGAGUCGGCGAGCGAGGGUUCUAUAGACCGCAUCCCCCUGCGCCAGUGGGUUAUGCAUGGAGCCGUCAUGUUCGGGCGGGAGUUCUGCUACGCAAUGGAGACGGCCCUGGUGACGCCUGUGCUGCUGCAAAUUGGUCUUCCAGAACAGUACUACAGCUUGGUGUGGUUCCUGAGCCCCAUCCUGGGCCUCAUGUUCACCCCUCUGAUCGGCUCAGCCAGUGACCGCUGCACGUUGCGCUGGGGUCGGCGCCGGCCCUUCAUCCUGGCACUGUGUGUGGGUGUACUGAUCGGUGUUGCGCUCUUCCUCAACGGAUCUCUGAUAGGGUUGGCUAUAGGUGACGAGCCUAACAGGCAGCCUAUAGGCAUCGUGCUGACUGUACUGGGAGUGGUGGUGCUAGACUUCUGCGCUGACGCGGCCGAAGGGCCCAUACGAGCAUAUCUGCUGGAUGUGGCUGACACAGAGGAGCAGGAUAUGGCACUCAACAUCCAUGCCUUCUCAGCAGGACUGGGAGGUGCUGUCGGAUACGCUCUAGGCGGCCUCGACUGGACGCACACGUUCCUGGGCCAGGCCUUUAAGUCCCAGGAGCAGAUCCUGUUUGUCUUCGCCGCUAUCCUGUUCAUCAUCUCUGUGGCGCUGCAUCUCUUCAGCAUUGAGGAGGAGCAGUACAGCCCCCAGCAGGACCGCUUGGACGAUGAUGCCGAUGCUGCCUCUUCCUCCGUCAAACUGAAUGGCCUUCUGGGCCCACCGGGCACUCAGGCGACGCUAGAGCUGAUCCAUGAAGACGAGCCUUAUGACCUGUACGAACGCUCAGCUCCCUCAGCGGACGGCCUCUCCGAGCAUGACCUGGACCUUGACUUCCUGGAUGUGGAGCUGGUGCGGAGCAAGAGCGACUCAGUGUUGGCCAUGGCUGAUGCCACACUGGAGCACCUGGACCAUGAAGCACUGUUCCUGCGCCAGAUCGAGCCGUCCAUCUUCCAGGAGCGCCUGUCAUCCUACCACGGCUCCCCCCCUCGUCGCAGCAGCAGCGUCAGUGCUGGCAGCCAGGAGCUCCUACGUGGCCGCUUCAGCCGCCUCUCCACCUUCCUGCCCGAGCCAGAGCUGGAAGGUGAGGAGGUGCCACUCCACGCUUCACAUGAUGAGUCCAAAGCCUCCAAUGGCCACCCAACCGGGCUGGGUGGUGCCAACGGUCAUUCCCGGCCUCUCCCGUCCACUGGCGCCAAAGCCUCUGGCCCCAAUGCUUCCAUCCGUCGUCGCCGCCAUACCUUCUACCGCCAGUCAUCCUGCACCUUCUCCUAUUAUGGACGCCUGGGCUCGCACCGCUACCGCUACCGGCGCGCCAACGCAGCCGUGCUCAUCAAACCGUCACGCAGCAUGAACGACAUCUACGAGAUGCAGCAGCGGCAGAGGAGGGGUCAGCGGCAGAGGGCCAGGCACCAGAGCGGCAACACCACGUCCAGCGGUGACACAGAGAGUGAGGAGGGCGAGGUAGAGACCACCGUCCGGCUCCUGUGGAUGUCCAUGCUGAAGAUGCCCAAAGAGCUGCUGCGGCUGUGCGCCUGCCACCUGCUUACCUGGUUCUCCAUCAUAGCCGAGGCUGUGUUCUACACUGACUUCAUGGGACAGGUCAUCUACGAAGGAGACCCUACGGCACCUGCAAACUCCACAGCACUGCAGAACUACCACAAAGGAGUGCAGAUGGGCUGCUGGGGGCUGGUCAUCUAUGCUGCCACUGCGGCUGUCUGCUCAGCUUUACUGCAAAAAUACCUGGACAACUUUGACCUCAGCAUAAAGGUCAUCUAUAUCAUGGGCACGCUGGGCUUCUCCGUUGGUACGGCUAUCAUGGCCAUCUUCCCCAACGUCUAUGUUUCCAUGGUGAUGAUCAGCAGCAUGGGCGUCAUCUCCAUGAGCAUCUCCUACUGCCCGUACGCUCUACUGGGCCAGUACCACGACAUCAAAGAGUAUAUCCACCACAGCCCUGGCAACUCUAAGCGAGGCUUCGGCAUCGACUGCGCAAUCCUGUCUUGCCAGGUGUACAUCUCUCAGAUCCUGGUGGCGUCAGCGUUGGGGGCGGUGGUGGACGCAGUGGGCAGCGUGAGGGUCAUCCCCAUCGUGGCAUCUGGCGGCUCCUUUCUGGGCUUCCUGACCUCCUGCUUCUUGGUCAUCUAUCCAGCAGAUGGGGAGGGGUCGAAGGCCGAGCAGUCCAAAGCGUUGACUUCAUCAAGCAACGGGCACGGAGAGCCCAGCAUGGCCGAAAAGCCCAGCGUGCUGAAACUGACGCGCAAGGGCACGGCCACGACGACCUGCAAGGUGGAGUGCGAGUCGACGCUGUGAUGCAGUUAGUGGCAGAGCAUUGCCACCAUCUUUCACCUGCGCCUGGCAGCUUAGAACAGCUUUCACUCAGUUGUGUUGCGUUUUAUUUGUUCGUUAGACCUGGUGUUGCGGUUCUCAGGGCUGCAGUGGGCAGGGAUGGGCGUUCUUCCCUCUCAGGGUCUCCAGGGGGCAGCUCUGAGCAGGACUCUUGAGAAGGGAGCGAGAGCAUUUCUCUCUCUCUCUCUCUCUCUCUCUCUCUCUCUCUCUUCAUCCACUCCAACUUCCACUCCAAGCUCAAGACGGAGGACUAAAAGAAAUCUAAUGUAAACAAAAAUUUUAUGUGGACUAAAUGAUAUUACUUUGUUUAAUGUGUGUUUUUUUUUUGUCCAGGGUUGAGGACAAUUACCAAAAGUUGCCCAGUACAAUAAGUUUUUUUUUAUAUACAUUUUGAAACUAUCUUGGCUCUUUGGCUUUAGUGUGCAGGUGUGUGGAGGAGUCGACGAUCAGGAAAACGCCCAAAGGUUAAAACUGAGACACAAAUCCUUGUCUCUACAUUUUAAUAUUAUAUUUGAAGUGCUUAAGUUGGACUGUUGAGGUCAGUGCUAGGAGAAGGAGUCACUUCUCCUUCAAAGAUUCCUCCAUUUCCCAUGGUUUGUUACUAUUGAGAAUCAGCUGCCAUCUGUCUCCGUUCUCCAGAAGCAUGGAAAUGCUUUACGAUAUAGGUAUAAUCGCAAUGCUGCAAGUGACUUUUUGAAGCAUGUACCAAAUGGAGAGAAACAAAUACAAGAACAUUUUGGGGAAACACUCUGAGGAGGAUGCUGUAAAAUGAUCUCCUCUUUUGCUUAAUUUCUGAUUGCACAUUUUGGAGUUUUUGAAAGUGUGCCAUUCUAUUGUCAUUGCAUUGGAGUGCUUGCGCUUGGUGGUUAGCGUGACCAGGAAGGUGCUUUGAGAACCAUAUUGGCAUUGGGCCAUUCGACUGGCUCUCGCCACUGGCACUUUUUUGUGGCAGAACUUGAACUAUGAGGCAAAUUCAGAAAGAAUGUUCCAUUUUUUUCCCCUAUCUCAUCUUCAUUUCGUUCUCCCUUGAGGAUCUGUGGAGCGCUGCACUUUCACUUGUAGUCUAUUGACACUGUGUCACCAAGUUGCUGUGUGUUCCUGAGGAGGUGGAUUCCCCUCCUUUCUGCCUCCUCGACUUCAUCUCCAUCGUCUUGGCUCUUCCUUGGCCCCCGUUUUGCACUCCACAGCCACACAAUAAGCCCCACAAUGGAGAAAACCUGGGCUAUCGUGUGGUUGACGUCUCCAGCUGGUCUGUUUUUGUGAACUGUUUCUUUUGGACUCCUAACAGAGACCUCUGGGUGGUGUGCAAUAACGCAGCCCUGGUCAGCCGGUCAGAGCUCUUCUGCUUUCUCUCAUCGCUGGAGGACCAGCCGCGACCUUAGAUCAGGAUGCCGUCGAUAUAUUUACUUAGACACGAUGCUACUUCCUUUUUUAUGCUGUCUAGCACGUCUAGUACAUUAAAGCAUGUCGAGCACAUUAUGAAGAUACUCGUGUUCCAUUGAAGCGGAUUUGUACCGUUAAUGUAUCUUUAUAGAGUAUUAUAACAAAACCAUAAGCUGAAACCUGCUAUUUUGGAAUGUUCGUAAAAAAAAGAGAAACCAAACUUGAAAACAAAAACACACCGCAUUUCUGACAAAUCAGUUGCAAUAAUAAUGUUACCUGCCUCAGAGCGUGCCAAAGGGAAAUUCCACCAAUUUUCCGAAAUUUCAGAAUAAAUAAAUCCUUAAGAUCUAAACAGUCAUUCAAAAGUUUAAUUAUGCAGAAAUUGUAAUAGUUUGGUGGAAUUCCCCUUUAAUAUAAGGGGUGAUUGUGUUUGUUUUUUUUAUAAUGGCUAGUGCAUGAGAGGCUGUUUGGUGUAUCCCAUUUACUUAAGAAAUGUACUCACUGCUUAAGAAUAGUUGAGACUCUGGUUUGGAAAAAUCCAAAUUGUCUCCAUUUGAAAUACUUGAAGUGCACCAUGCUUGUGUUUUUUUUUUUGUUUGUUUGUUUGUUUUUUAGCUUUUUUUUUUGCUUUGCGAAGAUGCAAGGAAGGUAUACACUACUGUGCACAAGUCAGAGACCACCUUUUAUUUCAUUGCCAGCCUAAACAGCCAUUAAGCAAUUUUUUCAGGGGAUGUUCCUGAGGAGAUUAGAUAAACGAUAUCUUUCUUGCACAUCAAAGGAGAAAGGCAAAGGAGAACAAAUGGAAAAAAAAGCAGGAGAGUCCAAAACUGGUGCCACAGAGAAAACAGGACUCCUAACAACCACCUGGAAGACCUGGUAGACCACAAAAACUGCCCCAUCAGAUAAACAGCACUUAGUU